ACCACUCACAGUCUCCGAUUCUUAAAAAACUCCAAUCUCAACAACAAACAGAGCAAACAUGAAGAACGCCGAAUCCACCGCCAUUGACGUUGCCCCUGACACCAACCACAGCGGCCCAAUUGCCAAGAAGAAGAGUACGACGCCGCUGCUGGCGGCGGCGCCGGUUCCUGUCCGGUCAGACAGGGGAACCCACCGGAUGAAACGUGGGCUUGCCAUUUUUGACAUCAUUCUGAGAAUUGGUGUCCUUGCAGCUGCGCUGGCGGCGGCUGCUACCAUGGGAACUAGUGAAGAGACUCUGCCGUUUUUCACUCAGUUCUUUCAGUUUGAAGCUAGCUAUGAUGAUUUGCCCACUUUCCAGUUUUUUGUGAUAGCGAUGGGGAUAGUUGCAGGAUAUGUGAUGCUAUCAAUUCCAUUCUCAAUUGUUUGCAUUGUUCGUCCACAUGCCGUUGGGGCUCGCCUUCUCUUGUUGAUUUUGGAUGCCGUGGCUAUGACGCUGAACACGGCCGCGGCAGGUUCAGCAGCAGCGGUGUUGAACAUAGCUCAUGCCGGGAACUCGAGCACGAACUGGCUGGCGAUUUGCAACCAAUUUGGGGACUUUUGUCAGCAGGCAAGUGGGGCUGUGGUGGGGGCGUUCGCCGGCGUGUUGCUGUUUCUUCUACUCAUCUUGUUCUCAGCUUUGUCCCUCAAAAACAGCCAUUGAUCAUAUGAUUACUCAAAAGUUUAAGGUUUUGGGUACUUUGGUUUGUGUGUUUGUUGGUGUGUUGUGGAAUUGGGAUAUUUAAGAAAAUUUGUAUGUAAUUUCUUCCCUCUUUUUUUUUUACAAUGGUUGUUGGGUUUGACUUUGACUUAUGUAAAAAAAGUUCAAAAUUAUGCUAUAAUAUAUAUCUUA